AUGACGGCCAGCAACUUCACCGCGAAGGCCCCUGGCCAGGCGCAGAAUUUCCUACCUUGCGCAAUGCUUGAAGCAGCGGCCGCCGGUACCAAGAAGAUAACAAUAGCCCAAAGAACCCACGCGCAGAUCUGGACUACUUAUUUCAAGUCUGAUGUCUGGUUCGAGGCUGCUAGAGCCGUCCAGGCAGAUCCUGUCCUCAUAGCACAAAGCUUUGAGAAGGCUUCGUAUGUUGUGCUGGCCUCGCUUGACUGGACAGGGGAUUUGAAGUACCGGCUGCCAUCCGGCACCACUAUUCUCGACUAUCUUCAUCCAGGUACCUACAAAGAUGGCGAGUAUACUCUGAAUAAUGGCGCCAUCAUCAAUAUCUGGGAGGCUAUGGAGGGCAGUGAUUAUUCAAAGGUCCGAAAUCUCGACGAGCAGCUGGCGAGAGGACGGGAAGACGCUCAAUGGCAGACUUCCAUGGUCUAUCUGAAUACUCCGGCGAUCCAUACUCUAGUUUGCAAGAAACCUGAGCAGAAGUCAAGGAGGAUGAUAGUCCGCACGAACCAUCCUAACCCCUAUGGAGGCGGCCCGGUCGAUUGGCUCUUGGUUGAUGGCAAAUACCAACCAGGCUUCAGGCAAAAGAAAGUGGACAUGGUUGAGUCUGAAUUCAAAGAACAGAAAUAA